AAAUGAAAAGUAUCGUUUUCAAGUUCUAUGACAAUAUUCUUGUGAUACCAAAACGCUCUACUCUUACAAUAAGUGUACAUAUUAGCCGGUUUUUGUCCCCUGUAGUUUAGCCCGCAAAUUUAGCCGCGAAAUGUCUUCUCCGGUUGAGAUAUCCGACGAUGACGAUAGUUUUGAAGCCCCAGUACCCUCCAUGAGGAUAACAAGGUCAGCUGCUGCGAGUAACAAGCCAACCGUUAUGGAAAUAUCAAGUGAAGUCGAUUCAGAUAACACAAUAGAUUACAGUGACACAAACCUGAUCUCAGACGAUGAUUCAGAGCUUCCCGAGGUCACAUUAUCUUCAAAAAAGACCGCUGUGAUCAAAAACCUUUUCCCUAAAAGUGCUACAUCAGGAAUGUCCUCCAGCUCAAAAAUGCCUGUGUAUCUUAAACCCAAAGUACCAGGGUUUGAGAAGAUAAUUGGUGGUGUCCCUGUUCAUUUGCCGGUGGAACCUUAUGGUUGCCAAAUAGCGCUGAUGUUCAAGGUGAUAACAGCAAUCAACAAAGGUCAAAACUGCUUGUUGGAGAGUCCCACAGGCUCUGGGAAGACGCUGGCCCUGCUGUGUGCUGCCUUAGCCUGGCAGCAGCACAUGAGAAAUCGUACCGCCACAGAACUCGCGCAGAAGUUCCAGGAGUCGCAUCCCCAGUUGCGAGGGAAGGAGAACGUCGUCGAACAGAUCGCGUCGCCGAAAAAAAGCUAUGUCGACUUGGGAAAGCUCUUCAGCUUCAACAAACCCAGCUUCGGUGAGAAGAGCAUCUACGACAAGCCGUGCGACCUGGACCCCUCCAGCUCCGGAGUCAAGCGCAUGGAACCUCUCUCCCCAGACACAUUUGAAGAAUCAUCGACCAACGGUCUCGUAACCAUCCACAAGAAGCGGAAACUGAACACCUCCUUCGAUUCUGACUCCACGUCACCAGAUCUACCUUCUACUCCUGAAAAGACCACCAAACCGCCUGAACCCGAAACUCCUGAGCAAGUUCGACGGCUGUACAACCUCAUCACGUCCCUUCAAAUCCGGACCUCCAUGCUUGUUGAUUCCAGCAUUCCCACCAUCUACUACGGCGCGCGGACGCACAAGCAACUCCAGCAAGUCGUCAAGGAGUUCAAGAGGACGUUCUACUGUGGGGAGGCGAAGAUGACGAUCCUGGCGAGUCGGGAGUACGCCUGUAUCAGGGAGUUCGACCGGCAGCUGUGGAAGACGAAGAACGACAUGUGCAGGGGAUGUACCAAGACGCACACCGCCCCACCGGACGCCCCAACACAAACCGCCACCAACUGCAAACCCUUCGACAACCACAAGGCCCUCCACCACGGCUCCCUCCCAGAUGCCUUCGAUUUAGAAGAGCUGGUUGCCGUCGGGGAGUCUCUCGUAGCCUGUCCGUACUACGCGGCCCGCAGUAUGGCGGCCGCGGCGCAGAUCGUCUUCUGCCCGUACAACUACCUCAUCGAACCCGGCAUUAGGAGCAACAUGCAAAUAGACGUGCGCGACCAGAUCAUAAUAAUCGACGAGGCACACAAUAUCGAGGACAUCUGCCGCGACGCAGCCACACAAACAGUCACGAGGGACGAAAUACAAAUCGCGAUCAAGGAACUGGCUCAUGUAGCGGAUUACCGGUACGCGAACCAAGACGUGUUAAGUUACAUAGAUAUCCUGCUAAAAACGUUGAAAUUCUGGGACGAUUGGUUCGCUAACCAGCUGCCUCUGUUAACCAACAAGCCGAUAAACAACAACGAGGCUGUCCACACCUGGCAGGUCCAGCACUUCGUGCAGACUCUCAAGAACCACAACAUCGGCCUGGAACAUUUCAGCGAAUUUAGCGAAAGCGCUGAGAUAUUUUGUCGGCGACUACGCGAGGACCCGAGGACGUUGUACGGAGUGUCGCAAGCGACGGGCACACUUAUUGAAACCUUACAAAUGGUGCUAGGGUUCCUGUUCCGCCAGGACGCCAAGUAUUUGGACGACUUCGUGCCGGCGCUGGUUAAGACCGGGGGCGGAGAUGAACCGCGGUACUCGCAGUUCUCCCAACACACUCAAGACAAGGAAACGCUAUCACUCCGUCUCCUUUGCAUGAACCCAGCGGUGGUCUUCGAAGGUCUGAAGGAGGCCAAAUGUAUCAUUCUAGCAUCAGGGACCCUCACACCCCUAAUAAGUCUGCACUCCGAACUGGCUACAGAGUUCCCUCUGCAAGUCAGUCCCAACCACGUGAUACCUCCGGAUAGGGUGUGGAUAGGCUCUCUAUCAACUUGCCCUAAUGGCCGGCGCCUUGAGUGCAACAGUCGCGGAACUGACCAGCCAGAUAUACAGGACGGCCUCGGGCAGGCCAUAUUGUAUGUCUCACAGGUUACCCCAAGUGGCGUACUAUGUUUUCUGCCAUCCUACGCUUUAAUUAACAAGCUGGUAAAAAGAUGGAGAGAAACAGGGUUGUGGAUGAAACUGAGUCAAACGAAACGGGUCUUCGUUGAGUCCAGGAAUGUUAGAGAUCACAACGAUAUCAUGGAGGACUACUACAAGUACUCGGCGAGUGCCGAGGGCGCGCUGCUGUUCGCCGUGUACCGCGGCAAGGUGUCCGAGGGCAUGGACUUCAAAGAUCACCAGGCUCGAGCCGUCAUCACGAUCGGUGUGCCGUACCCGAACACAUUCGACAUGGCAGUUAAGGAGAAAAUGAAAUACAACGACAAAUACGCCGCGCAAAGACACCUGCUCUCCAGCCGAGAGUGGCUCCGAGUGCAAGCAUACAGGGCGUUGAACCAGGCGGUGGGGCGCUGCGUGCGGCACCGCGGCGACUGGGGCGCGGUGCUGCUGGUGGACGCGCGCUUCCAGGCUGCCUACUACACCGACCACCUCUCCAAGUGGGUCAAGGGCUUUCUGGGCAACAACCACCACACGUACGAGAGCCUGGUCAACAGCGACAACGGCCUGGAGAACUUCAUGCAAAGCAUGACGCAACGGGAUGAAGAAGACUGAACCGUUGUACGACACGCCCGUGUGCGGUGCGCCAUCGAGAACCUUGUCGGAACGUACAGUCACGUCUGAAAAUAUCGAUACGGAUAAAGUGCUAAAAAAUAUGUAUACACUACCCUAACACAUGGGCCAUAAAGUCGUGUAUAUAUAUUUUUGGCACUUCGAUCGUGUCGAUGUUUUCAGACGUGACUCCUGAAAUCCUUGGCGAUCAAAGUUAAAAUAAUUUUAAAGGCACGACAUUUUAAAGUUGAAAACACUUUACACGCCAAUGAUGUCACCAUUGUAAAUGAAUUCGAUCAAUUUUGCAGCUCGCUGUUAAUUUUUUUUUCGUUUUUUAGUGGCUGAAAUGGCGGGUCACAUUAUACUAUAUUGCGAUAGUUACAAUCCUGUAAAACCUAAGUGCCAUCUUAAAACACCUAUUUUAAAGUCAUAAUAAUAAAAUAAGAGUACUUGCGGUGACUUAGUGAAAAAGAAAUUGUCACCAUCCAUACUAAAAUGUCAAAAAGUGUUUUUUUACGCAAAUUAUUAAUGUAGAGUUGUUGAAUUGAACUCAAUAUGGUUUGAAGAAAAAAUAAUGCAACCUCUCCUGACGGAAGAGAUAAAGAGACGGUAAUUUGGUUUUUUUUUUUGGAGUGGAAGUUGUAUAGUGUGUGCUAUAUACACAUGUGUAUAUAGCAUAAAAAUAAUUGUCACUCAUUUUAUAAGAUGUAAAUAAGGUAGUAAUUAUAUCAUUGUAAUCAUUAAAUGAAGUUUUAAAGUGAACGAAUUAUUUUUAAACAUGUUUUA